AAAUCAGCUAGCGAAAUAAAAACACAAAAAUGCCAUUUAGUGGAGACAACUUCAAGGACUUUAAAGAAAUAAAUAAAAUUCCCAAGGAGAACAAUAAGUACAAGUACAUCGCUGUUUUGAUCACGGUUAUACCCGGCAUUAUAUUGGGAGGUUAUAUGGGCAAGAAGUUGGCCCAAUUCCUCGAAGUAUUUGAUCUGUAUGCGCCCGAUGUCUCGGAAGAUGAUUAAUAUAACACCAUGUCGCAUAUAGAUCUUCUACAUGGCCAAACGGGAUGCUAGGAAAGAAAACUGAGCGAAAACAACUGCCCAGACCGGUAACCAAAUUCAAAGCAGGGUAAUAAGUGUACAGAUCAAUUGAAUCAUAAUUAGUGCAAAGAGCUCAAAAUCAAACAAGUUUUUAACAAUAAAUGUGCCUUUUCAUUCAUGUA